CCCUUUACCCCCGCGCUCAGUGGAAGACGGAGGCGGCAGGCCGGCCCGGGCAGCGGCGCUGAGAAACAGCAGCCCUCCCACCCUCCCGCGAGGGGGGAAUGCUGCGGAGCCACCCCCUCUCCAGGCAGGGGCAGCGAGCCUGGAACAAACAUCGCCUGCGCUUGUGGGCAGAGCCGCGAGCAGGGGAAGCCGGGAACAGAACGCAGACCUCAUACGCUCCUCGGCUGAGUCACCAGAGUGUAUAAAACAGAGCCCGGCCGCUCAUGCUGCGCCAAAGGAGAGGCGCAAGGCGUCGGGGCUCUCGGGCAGAUCUUGCAACUAACUGCAAGCCAUCCAGCAGGAAGAUGUUCUCCCUCUUAUUCAUCCUUUGCCUGCUGGAAAGGAACACAGCAUCAGGCCCGGUGAGCAGAGCAGAGCCUGCAGCAUCCAGGGACUUCACCACCGUUUUCCAGCUGGCUCAGGGAGACCCUUGGGAGAACGUUAAUCUCACCAGCAUGUCCUGCGAGGAUCGGAAGAACAGGACAUGGAUCACCCUGCAGCUGACCAACAGCAGCCUGACGGCUUUCCCCAUCUGCCUCCCGGAGGUCCUGCAGACCUUGGAUCUCAGCAACAACCUCUUAGAAGAGGUGAAUGGCACAGAAAUAGCAAACCUCCCACGGCUGCGCGUCCUCUCACUGAGGCAGAACCUUCUCCAGGCAGUCAGAUGGGGGUCAGAAACCUUCAGCAGUCUCCAUUUCCUGGACUUAAGCUUUAACAAGUUGUCGUCUGUGCCACCAUGCCACACCUCUUCAAUGCCUAACCUGAGGUGGCUGUCCUUGGCUGGAAAUCCCCUGACUGAAAUCCAGCCACUGGCUUUUUCCUGUUACCCCCAGCUACAGUUUCUGAACCUCUCCACAACUCUGCUUGGGCAUGAAGGCAGCAGGGGAAUUCAGGAGUCUGCUUUUGCCAUCAGUCUGUCCCCCGGCGAUGCUCUGCACAGUCCUGAGAACACCAUCAGCGUGCUUGAUCUGAGUGGGACCUUUCUCGAGAGAAUUCAAGUUGAGUGGACCAGAGACUUGCCCAACCUCAGAUUACUUCACCUGACAAAGAUGCCACAAUUACGAAGCCUUGAUACCGACUUCAGGUCUAUGCCUCAUCUCAGAGAGCUGAACUGCCGUGACUCCCACUCUCUGGGCUUCGUGAGGACAGAGAUGUUUGAAAGCACACCGAACCUAAGCCAUCUCUCCUUUCAAAACUGUAACCUGAGUUCCUUUAAUUCUUGGAAUACCAAUUCUUCGGACACUAUCAUCAUCAACUUGCAUGGAAAUCCUCUGCAGUGUGACUGUAGGCUCUCCUGGCUGCUCUCCACGCCCAAGAUUGUGCUGCAAAAGGCUUCGGACACUUUUUGCACCACAUCCCAAGAAAACUGGGACAGGCCUUCAGUUUCUUUUUCACUGCAAGAACUGUACAAUAAAUGCCAGACUGAGAAAGAUAUCUCACUGCUCGAUUCAAACACACCCUCCAGCCAAGGAGACGCUUUCAGCCUUGCCAGCUACUACACCACGACUGCAGCAGUGACAACAGACUCUGCUCUGCUAAUCAAAGACACUUACAUUCCUCUGAAUGAGGAAGCCAGUGUAAUGAGCACAACUGCAGCCAACCCAGCUGAGCUGAUGCUCACCAAAGCCAACGGUUCCUCCCCUAAGGAUGAGGCAGUUUCCGAAUCCAUGAGCCAUCCCCCUUUGCUCACAUCUCUAACCACCUCCCCCGGUUUUCUCAGAGAGCUCUACAGCCAGACCACGGAUUAUGGCUCUGUGAGUCAAACUGAAACACAGCAGCUCCAGGGAGAGCUCAGAAAAACUCACAUGGCAUUUCCCCAGGAACGCCUAUUCAGCCAGCCCGCUAGCGAGCGUUCUACUCCAGCAACAGGAAAACCAGAUGCCGUUCCCCAUUACAUUCACUCCUUCGCUGUGGAAAGGACACCACAAACAAAUCUACGGCAGCCAAACUCCACCAAGUCCAGCACUCAGUCAGCAUCCGCACCCACCCGGCCCCGGAUCCACUAUGUAGAUGACUAUGAAUACAGCGAGGAGACAACGGAACCCCCCGUGCAACAAACGUACACCUCCUGUGACUACAACCCUUGCAGACACCUUCAGAAGCCGUGCAGCGAACUUCAGAGAGCAUCCCCGUGCUUAUGUCCCGGCAUGUCAACAGAGAAUGAAAUUCCAGACCCACCGAGGCUCAGAGAGGUGUCUGAAGUCACAGACAGCUCUGCACAGAUACACUGGUGUGCCCCAAACUCCGUUGUUCGUACCUAUCAGCUGCUGCUUCGUGACCAAGGCAGUGAGGAGGGACAGCUUGUCCUGGAGGACAUUUACUCCACAGCGAGGCAGUACACUCUGUACAACCUCUCACCAUACACCACUUACCACGUUUGCGUGACUGCUUCCAACAGCGCAGGGUUAAGCCACGCAGUAAGCCAGGGAACUGCAGGCAAUUCGUGUGCCAGGUUCAGAACAAAGCCCAGCUACAAAUCUGUCUUUGCUGCUCUGUCUGCAGCAAGUGGACUCUUCCUCAUUUCCACAAUUAUUUUGUCCAUUUGCCUGUGCAAGGCACGUAAAAAGCCUCACAGCGAGCAGUACGGUACACAUCUGGUCUCCUACAAGAACCCAGCAUUUGACUACCCGUUGAAGUUACAAACAGCAGAUUAGCGUUAGGUGAUUGCUCUACACAUUCCAAGGUUGCUGUCUCUAUCACUUCGGUACGUUUUCCUUUAUCAAAAGGUCCUUCAGCAAAAAAAAAGGGAAUAUCUGACUUCGUUGCCACCAUGUUUCUAGAGGAGAAAAGAAUUAAAAAAAAAAAAAAGAGGCAGCCAAACAGAAAAAAUGCCUUUGGGUUCUUGUUCUCGUGCUAAGCAUGGACAUUAGCCUUGAAAAGUUAGUUUUAUGCUCACCUACAGAUACACUAACAUACAUCUCACACCGUGAGGUGGUGCCUUGUCAGCUGUCAACCAUACGGUCCACGCACAGCGAGAAUCUGCAGUGCAUCUCAGCAAGCACAACAGGUACUGCUUUCACUCACCUAAGUGAGGCUGAGUUUUCAUUUUCAAAAGAGCAUUACUGGCAGGAGCGUGAGACAGACCUCUCUGCGCCCAGCAGCAAGGUGCUGUGCGCAUCCAACCCCAGUAAAUAACUCCGGUGAGCAAAACUGCUCAGCUCUACUUCUGGUCAGGAAAAAGAACCACGAAGGUGAAUUGCCAAAAGGCAGAGCAGCGCACGGCGGGAUCACCACAGCCAGGACAGUUGUCUUGUUCUGACUUGGUGUGACGUGCCGCAACUGAAGCUUCCAAGUGCUGCCACAAUAGCAACCACAGGCAGCACUGAGUUUGGAAUACAGCUCCUCACAGAAGGGGCUGGACGGAGCACAUCAGCAUUUACUUCACAGCUGACUUAAACAAGAGCUUACUGCUCAGUUCUGUCUGCAGAUUGAGCAGGCUGAUGACUUGCCUCAUGCAGAGGCACAGAGCCAAGCAAAGUAAGAACUGAAUGUGUACGUUGCUGAGACUUGAAAAACUGAGAUCACGUCCGCUAGCAACAGCAGGGAUUUAUGCAUAUGUUUUUCACGUGUACUUCAGGGUACUCAUUUGUGCUACACUAAUAGCAACAGAUGCUGACAAUCCCCGUCCUUCAGCAGCUCAGAGACAUCUUUUCAUUAGAAGUUUUUCUGUAAGAGGCAGCAUUUGUCCAGGUCAAACAUUUCCCUCUAACGACUGCUGUUCAGAGAGCAAGGUAUAGGGAGCAAGGUAUGUGUUUCUGCUGUUGUAUCGAUAGAGCACAUAAAGUCCCCGUCUCAGAGGAUGAAGGGUGCUGUACGCUGCAAGAGUCUCUUUUCUCUCCAUAUUUUUUUAAUGCUCCUUGUAUUAAUGGAAAUAAAAGGUACAGACUGGUUCUUUGUUAAAA